AGAUUUGUUGCAAGCUGUGGGAGGGAGGAGAGUUCUUCCAGGUGGUUUCCUGUAGACUGCCUGCUAGGGCUCAGAGGACCAGCUUCCUCCUGCUGUCUCCUGAGCCCACUCCCUCUUGGCCAUCACAUUCUCCUGCCCUAUGGCGGCCCUCACAGACCUCUCAUUUAUGUACCGCUGGUUCAAGAACUGCAAUCUGGUUGGCAACCUCUCGGAGAAGUAUGUCUUUAUCACAGGCUGUGACUCCGGCUUCGGGAACCUGCUGGCCAAACAGCUAGUUGAUCGGGGCAUGCGGGUGCUGGCUGCUUGCUUCACUGAGGAGGGAGCCCAGAAACUUCAGGAGGAUACCUCCUAUCGGCUGCAGACCACCCUACUGGAUGUCACCAAGAGUGAAAGCAUCAAGGCGGCGGCCCAGUGGUUGAGGGACCAAGUGGGCGAGCAAGGCCUCUGGGCCCUGGUGAACAAUGCUGGUGUGGGCCUGCCCAGUGGUCCCAACGAAUGGCUGACCAAGGAGGACUUUGUGAAGGUGAUUAAUGUGAACCUGGUGGGACUGAUCGAAGUGACGCUUCACAUGCUGCCCAUGGUCAAGAGAGCCCGGGGCAGGGUUGUCAACAUGUCCAGCUGUGGUGGUCUUGUGGCCGUCAUUGGUGGUGGCUACUGCGUCUCCAAGUUUGGCGUUGAGGCCUUCUCUGACAGCAUCAGGCGUGAGCUCCACUACUUUGGGGUAAAGGUCUGCAUCAUUGAGCCAGGGAACUACCGGACAGCCAUUCUGGGCAAGGAGAACCUGGAGUCACGCAUGCGAAAGCUUUGGGAGAGGCUGCCUCAGGAGACCCGGGACAGCUAUGGAGAGGAGUAUUUCCGUAACUAUACUGACAAGUUAAAAAACAUAAUGCAGGUGGCAGAGCCCAGAGUCAGAGAUGUCAUCAACAGCAUGGAGCAUGCUAUUGUUUCCCGGAGCCCUCGCAUCCGCUACAACCCUGGCCUGGAUGCCAAACUCCUCUACAUCCCCCUGGCUAAGUUGCCCACCCCUGUGACAGAUUUCAUCCUGAGCCGGUACCUUCCAAGGCCAGCGGACAGUGUCUAAACUGGGGAGGCUCAAUGGGUCAGUGGAGCCUAGAAGUGGGGGUGGAAGGAAGGACUGUGGGGUCACAAAAGGUGGUAUCAGAUAUCCUGGGGACACUGGCUGCAAAGGACGCUUGGCUCAGCUGACAUCCACUGCUGUCGAAUUUACCAGUAACUUCUAACAGAAGAUGAAUGCCUCUUCCCACCCUCUGGGACCACACAGAAACCUGAGGUGAUGUUUGCAAGUUCAGCGAUCUGCAGCAAUGGCUCCAAGGACAUCUGUCACCCAGUCAGGAUACGGCUUUUUCUGGUCUUGGAAAAGUCAUGGAGAAGAAAACCAGCUCCUGAAGAAUCAUGAGCCCCUUUAAGUUAUCACUGCCACUGAGAAAUACUGUGGGAUAAUCUUACCUCCAGGAGAAUCUAACCACCUUCCUACUGGGUCCCUCAAUAUGCAUGACUUCAUUCACAUAACCCAUCACUGAAGUACAUAGUAGGGCAGAUAGGGAGUGCAAGAUUACAUCAGACAAAAGUUUAAAAUAUUUUCUCUCUUUUUAGAUUCUUCUAUCUAUAGGUGAUUGGGAUCCACAUGAAAUAACAUUCAUUUAUUUAAUCACCAUUGAGUAAUUUUUCAAAUAUUUAUUGAGCACCCACUACCUACCAGGCACUUUGUAGGUGCUGGGGGAAUAUAAAGAUGAUUAAACC